GGGGUUGCCGGAACGAUGUGGGGAGGUAAUGGGGGCCAAUCACUGUGGAGUGUACUUGUGUAUGAUAUCUGGGCGCGGUACUACGGGGAGUCCGGGGACCCAAGUUUUGUUCGCAUUAAUACCUGCCAGGUAGAACUAUUUGUCGGAUACAUGGGUGGGUAUUGCGGAGGGAAGGAAGGAAGGGGUAGAGGGAAGAAGGGUGUUGGAGGAUAUAAUAUUAGAUGUUAUAUGAUA